AAAAUCUUCAUUCGAUCUUGUUCCUCUUGUCUCUCCCUUGAAGUGUUGCUUAUCCUACUCGAAGGAAAGUUGAAGGAGAUUAAAAUGGAGAUUUCAGCCAAGUACUUCGCCGAGCUAGAUCCGAGCAUGUUCGAGCAGUACCCAGUGGAUUGUAUGGCGUACGAGGUUGAUGAUUUUCAGGAUUUGUCGGGCUGCGGCGACAGCUACUCAUGUUUCCACUCCAAAAGAAGCCGUGAUGAAUGGUUCCCGGUGGAGAGUCCUGAAUCUGUUGCCCAGCAAGGACCAGCCAAGCAACUCAAGAGCAUCAACAACACCAGCUGGGCCGCUUGCACCACUACUACAACAGUGGCUGACCCCAUCGUCCCUUCCAACCAUUCUGCUUCUAAUUCCACCUCCCAAAUCAUUUCUUUUGACAACUCUAAUUCUUCCCCAGACGUCGCUUCUCACCAAUUUUACAGCUUGGAUUCUAGUACCGCUGUCAAGCCUAAAACCGAGACUAUUUUCUCUGCUGACGACUUGGAUUUCAGUGCGCCAUUCUCCAUUCUCAAACCCGCCUAUGAACACAAACCUGAUUCCUUUUGGCUCCCACAUGAGAAAAAAACUGCCGCCCUUACCAGAAAUCCCUUGCAAGCUAAAGAUCACGUCAUGGCCGAAAGAAAACGAAGGGAAAAGCUCUGCCAGCGGUUUAUUGCUCUUUCCGCCAUUCUUCCUGGUCUCAAAAAGAUGGAUAAGGCUUCAGUCCUAGGAGAUGCAAUCAACUAUGUCAAACAGCUGCAGGAGCGCGUGCAGACUCUGGAGGAACAGGUAGCCAAGAAAGCAGUGGAAACCGCAGUGUUUGUGAACAGGUCUGUUGUUUAUGCCGACGAUGAUGGCUCCUCCUCCGAUGAAAAUUCGAACGGCUGCGCCGACCAGUCACUGCCCGAAAUCGAAGCGAGAGUUUCAGGAAAGGAGGUACUCAUCAGAAUCCACUGCGACAAGCGCUCUGGAUCUGCCGCCACGAUACUCUCCCAGUUACAACAUCUCCAUCUCACUGUCCAGAGCAGCAGCUUCUUGCCUUUCGGGAAUACCACUCUUGAUAUCACUAUUGUUGCUCAGAUGAACAAGGAAGAGCGCGUAACGGCAAAGGAUGUAGUGAGAAGCCUAAGGCAGGGUCUGAGGAACUUAAUUUGAUGAUCAGUUCGAGAAGUGUUCGUGUUUCGUCGUAGAACAGUAGUGGACGUACGAUGUGAUGAGGAAUAACAGCUGUUAAUAAUUUUUACCGCCGCGCUUUCUUCUUUCCUUUUUUUCGUCCAUCCGGAUUCUGGAGGAAUUAGAGGCCUGCGGGAUGAGUGUCUCUUACAGUCUACCAGUUAAAAUGGGGUUUGA